AUGUGUAACCGUCCGACGACUUCUCUGAUGCAAUUGCCAUCGGCCAUGGCCAAGAAGGCGAAGAAAAAGGGGGAAACGGAAAGAACAGAAGCUCAGGGACAAAAACCAGUGGAAAAGGAAUGGCAGAGUAAAGCAAGUAGCUCGAAAUGCCAAUCAGAAGCUAAGGAGGAACAAAGAGUAAAUGUGACAGGAGGAAAGAAUGAAAUACAAGGUAAGACUAAGGAUAAGGAGACAGUGAGGCGAGAAUCACAUAAGACAGUUGCAAGUGGGAAGAGCAGUAGCAAGCCACAGGAGGAGAAGCCCAGUGAUGAUGAAGGCAUACAAAUCAUGAAUCACAAACGUGUUAAGAUCACAGAAGGAAGAAGAAAUGUAACUGGAAAGCGGAUUAUGAUGGGAGAUUUUAAUUGCAUGAGGAAGGCUGAAGAAAGAAUUGGAGGUACCUAUGGAAUCAGUCCUGAUACUGAGUUUAAUAAGAUGAUUGAAACCAAUAAGCUAUGGGAGAUGAAGGUGAAUGGUGGCAGGUUCACCUGGUCUAACAAGCAAUUGGGAGACAUGAGAAUACUAUCCAGGAUUGACAGAAUAAUGGUUAAUGAGGAAUGGUUACAAAAGUUUCCAGAAGCUUAUGCUAAUGUGUUACCAGCAGGCAUCUCAGAUCGUAAUGCUUUUCUCAUUAGAUGGGGAGAUCAAGUGUAUGCUUCUAGGAAUGGAUACAAUAGUGGAUUUUACAAGAAAGCAUGGAGCAUUGUUGAAGAGGAUGUAUGUGAUGUUGUAUUGGAGUUCUUCAAGACAGGAAGAAGGUCGUCGCCGUCAUACAGGGAAACAAUGAUGAAUGGAAAAUGGGACCCAGAAUUCAAUUCAUUUGAAGAUGAAGAGGAGAUUGACAUCCUGGAUGAUGAUGUUAUGUUUGAUUUAGGUGGUUCUAUCCCUAAGGCCAUCACUUCAGACAGAGUGGAGGAGCAACUCGCGAGGUUUUGGAAAGAUGUGUUGGUGGUCCGUUUAAUAGGAAAGACGGUGAAGAAUUUUGAGGCAUUCAAACGUCGUUUAAGAUCAUUAUGGUGGAGUACGAAAGGGUUCUCAACUCUGGACCAGCAGAAUGGUUACCAUCUGUCACCAAUAAAGGGAUCGGAGACGAAGCUUGAACAAAGGAUUUCGGUGGCCGGAGAUGGGGUGCCAACUAGUGGGACAAAGGAUCACGGGGAACCACACCUCGGGGAGUGGGUGUAUGCCAAAACUAGAAGGGCCAGACCUUUACAGCAAGGUGCACAAGCCCAAGUAGGGAAAUUCUCCACUUCUCGUAAUAACAGUGGGUCCAGAUUCGAUAUGCUGAGUAAUCUCGAGGAGACCGACAUUGACCUACCAGGGAAGGUGGCAGGAAACUUGGAGGAGAGAAUCAAUCCAGACAAAACAAGGUUUAAAAACCAAUCAGAAAGUCAACUGGGUCCUAUGAGACUGAAAUUGCAUGAGGGGGUCCCUGAGGAGUACGAAUGGAAGUCCAAAGAAGAAGCGGAGGGAAGUCAAAGGAGCCACUACCAAUGGGAUAAGGCCAGGAGUGAUAAUUUCAUUGAUGAGAAUGGGAAGGAACCAAGGCCGCCAGACGACGAUGAAGGUGGUUUGGGACCAAGGAUGACCCAGGAUGAUGACCAGGAGCCAAAUCAGAUACCGGAGGAGAGAUGUGUUAUGGAUGAGGAUACCGACAAAUCGUCUGUAUCUCCAAUCUCUAACUAA